AAGUCUUUUAUGGCGCAGUAUAACUAGCAGAUGAUACGGCUGUGAUUGUUUACAAAUGAAUAUAUAUGUCCUGGCUGACAUACUUUUGUUGAUUAUGUGUUAAGUUUUUAAAGUGCAAGUCUCCUCAUUGCAGAACUUUGAAUGUGGUGCACUAUAAUCACAUACGUGUAGAUACCAGGCCUAUUUUUAAGUUGUAGUCCAGAACUGCCUUUAAUAUGUCUUCACUUGUCUUGAAAUUAAAAACGAAGUCGGGACAGAAUGUAGUUGAAGGAUUAACAGCAGCAAGUACUGUACGUGAUCUGAAGACAAAGCUCUGUUCGUUGACAAAUAUAGGAGAAAUGAACCUUCAUGUGCUGAGUGGCUAUCCCCCGAAAGCACUAGAUUUAUCAGACAACGAAGCGAACUUAAGAAACGUCGGAAUAUCGUCUGGUGAUGUUUUAAUAGUUGAAAAUAAACCUGGUGCAAAACCGAAAGUGAUUUCAAGAAACGAUGUAAUUCCUGCAACUAGACUGGAUAACGAUAGAGUGAGACCUCACGUAACGGAUGCAAUCAGUGACUUUCCAGGGGUUCUUAUGCGGAAAAUAGUUCCUGCCGACAACUCUUGCUUGUUUACGAGCAUUGGCUUUGUCCUUGGAGGCAAAGUGGAUCCCACCUGUGCUUCAUACAUGCGGCAGAUAAUUGCAGAAGAGGUCAUUAAUGAUGGGGAUUCGUACUCCGAAGCCAUCCUGGGGAAGCCUCCGCGAGCCUACUGUGACUGGAUAUUGCGGCCCGACUCCUGGGGCGGUGCCAUCGAGCUCUCCGUGCUGUCUCACUUCUACGGCAUUGAGAUUGCCGUCGUCGACACACUGAAUGCCAUCGUCAACCGUUUUGGUGAAGAUCGCCACUAUCCUCAACGCGUUUUCCUAGUCUUUGAUGGGAUCCACUACGAUCCACUCUACAUGGAGCAGGGGGAUGGCGACAGCAUCCAGACAAUUUUCCCGACAUCGGAUGACCGCGUGCUGCUGGAAGCGGAACAGUUGGCACGCGAGGCCAAGAGUAGCCGGCAGUUCACAGACGUGGAGCGCUUCACGCUGUGCUGCCUCGAGUGCCGGGUGUCGCUGCGCGGGCAAGCCGAGGCACAGGCGCACGCCCGGGAGACCGGCCACACGAGCUUCGGGGAGGUCCCGGGUGCCCACGUGGAGUAGGAGGAGACGCUCUUGUAUUUCGAAACUGAUGUCCGGGAAUUGACCUUCAAAUCAUACAAGUACCUAGCAAGUGGACGAGGUCGAGCAGCCCGUGAGGUCCCCAAGUAUCAGGCUACAAAUCAAAAGGUUUGGUAUUCUACAUGUCUGUGACCUCUUGCAGUGAGUUGUUAAUACGAAAAAUGCCAAGUAGCGCUGUGGUUUGAAAUCCACAUUAAAGUGUAGGUCCGCAUGUUACGCCAUGUAAGUCCAUUCAAAGGUCUGAGGGAGGCAACUUGUAAUUAACUUAACUGUGUAGAGCUCUAUUAUGUUCUGCUUGCCAAUGGCUUCCCCAUUUUCCUGUUUUGUGUCUUAAUAUCUCUUUCGCAGAUGUAAAUACAACACUGUUUGGGACUGCAGUUUAUGUUGUCAGGUAAUAAUAUUAUUUCCAAAAGAGCUAAGUGUUCACUACACAAAAUCAGGCUGCUCCUACAGUUUCAUAAAAAGUUUAAAAAACUAGUCAUUGGAAGUUUUUGAAGCUUGCUACUUCAAGUCCAUAUUUGCUUAACAAUAAGGUUCUUUUUUCACAGCCGUGAGAAAACUGAAGUCUCUUAUUUUUUAUUGCCCAUACAUGUUUAAAUAUUGAUGUACUGUCAUCAAUGGUUUCUCUUAUAGCGACAGUGGCUGAGUGGUUCCCCCCCACCCCCUCUAACACCCUCCCUCCCUCCCUUUCACCACAACACACCUGCUACUUUAGUAAAAGAAACUGUCAUUUGAAACUACAAAUUAUUGUAAAUCAAAAAACGGAAAAUCUAGGAUGGAAUGUAACAGUAUUAUGAAACGAAUAGUUGCUACUCACCAUAUAGCGGAGAUCGAAGGUGCAGAUUGUAGUACAACAAUUUCAUAACUUUUCUAAGUUUUCAAAGUGGAUAACUAGAAGCCAUAUUUUUUUCUCAGAUUGGGUUCUCAAACAGUGUGAUGCCAAGAGCUGCAGAUGGUAAAGAUGAGGAAGAAUCAUAUCUGUCAAAUAAUCUUUCAAAUUAUUCCAAAAAGUGAAGUGUACCAAAAUUAAGUUUACUGAUAUUCCAUUUUUGAAAAUAUUGCCUGAUCCAGUUGUGGUCACUUAUUUCAAAGAAAUAUCACACUGGGUAGUUAGAUGGAGCUUCGGUGCUAGGGGAGAAUCGUGGCACAGUAAUUAGCAGUGCCUAACACAAAUUUCAUGUGUUUGGCUGUAUGACAGAAAACAUGCAAUAAAAACUUUGGGACUGCACAAUAAGGGAUUUCUAAGUAUGCUGUUGUAUUACUUUGGAAUUGAAAGACUUGAUUGUUGUAACUGUGGGGAUAAAAGACUAGAUGCAAUAAAAAUCGUUUUUGAAGGUAUGUUUAUAGAUAUAUAUUUAUCACGUGGAUAAAUUCAAAUACUUCUGCUAGUAGAGAGCAUUUAUUUCAGUUGAUAAGUCAUACAGGGUUAUUUGCCCAGAUGACAGUCUUGCACUAUUGACAUUUAUGGCUCACAUAGCAUAAUUAAAGAGUGUCAUUUGAUUAUUGAAAUACACAAUAAUUUUAUUUGUAUAAUGUAUUUGCAAUAUAAGCAAUUUCAGUAUGCAAAUCCUGUUUUGUGGGUUAUAGAUAUAUUAGAAGCUAUUCCAAAGGAAUAUAUUUUUAUUGUUGUAGCAUAUAUGCUUUAUUAUCUGACUGGUAAGCAUGUUGCUAUUUAGCUAAAUAUAAAGAAAACAGUGACCUCAGUUUUAAGUAUAAUUAGUUUUUAGAGGAGCCUGUUUUCUGAUACGAACUGUUUUUAAUAUCUUCACGAAAACUGGAUCUCAUCCUUUAUACAAAGCUGUGAUUUUUCAACGCCUGAGUAUAACUCUUUAGUACAAAUGUCAAUGUAAAUGACCAGCAUUGAUCUCAGCCGUGGAGCUGAAGAAAUCUGCAGGUAUUACAGUUCAUAUCUGCAUACUCCAGUGAUAUAACAGUAGCAAAUAUCUUAUAUAAUAAAGCUUUAUUGUUUUAUACAUUUUUGUUGACAGUAUGUAAUCACUAAAAUGAGAGUAAUAUUUGUGCAACUUCAGUACUUUGUAAUGAUUCAGUGCUAUGUGCAAUAAUCACACAGCUAUGAGGCUAAUAGAAUUAGUAAUAGCUUGUACAAAGGACAGUACCUGCUUCGGACAAUGACAAAGAUCUGUUGCCUGUAAGUGAAAUCUUAAAAUUUUUUAAUUAAUUACUAGUUAAUAUUGUAGUCCGUAAGCUGGUUAAAUUGACCUCAUUUAGCUCAGAAUCGACACUCGCUCACUAUGUGCAGUUGUAUUUUUAACUCUAUUCUUGUACUAUGUAAGUACUGCGCACUUAGCUGUGCAGUGUGUUUAUCUUUUUAGUGAUAUAUCUACAUAAGUAAUCACCUUAGUUGAAGUAUUCUGCACCGAUAAUAUUUUCAGUACAACAUUUUUUUAACAAGGCUUGCUGCAGUAUUACAGGCUUGUGAAUUGUUGACACAUUUCAGUAAGACUGCACUUUCAAUUUUAGGGUUCUAGUUGCAGGAAAGCCCCACAUUAAAAUGGUUGCUCAAGUUUUUAUAGUACUCCAGGUGACUCAUGAAAGAGUCUCUUAUUAAUGUAGUGCAUCCAUUAUACCUACAGGUAAUGAUCAACUGAAAUUCUAAACAAAUGUAUUACAGUAAUUUAUUUACAUAGUUUUAUGUACAUUGGGGAGCCCAUAUACCUCAUAUGUUAUAAUAUAUGGCUACAAAACAAAGAAAUUGUUUGCCAUUUGUCAUUUUUGACAAAUUUUUAUUUUUUAAUGUAAUAAAGACUUAUUGUUACUCUA